GUUCAGGUCUGACUCCAUACCUACUGUCUGUCUCUGCUGGACUCGUGGGAACCAAUUAUUAAAGUCACAGAGGAACUAAAGGACUUAUGGUUUUUAACUUCAUGGGAAGUUUGUGAGAAUAUUUUGGAUUAUUUCUGCAGAGUCCGGUUUUCUGAGCUUCCAGAGUCCUCUUCGCCACAAUGAGUUGGGGGGCACUUUACGCCCAGCUGGGGGGCGUCAACAAACACUCCACCAGUCUGGGAAAGAUUUGGCUUUCAGUCCUUUUCAUCUUCCGCAUCACUAUCCUGGUUCUGGCUGCUGAGAGCGUCUGGGGAGAUGAACAGUCAGACUUCACGUGCAACACGCAGCAGCCUGGCUGCAAAAACGUCUGCUAUGACCACUUCUUCCCUGUGUCACAUAUCCGCCUUUGGUGUCUGCAGCUCAUCUUUGUGUCCACACCUGCUCUGUUGGUGGCCAUGCACGUCGCCUACAGAAAACGUGGGGAUAAGAGGACCAUGUUGGCCUCCAACGGCACCGACAAGGCGACAGAUACAGACCUGGAGACGCUAAAGAAGAGGCGUCUGCCAAUCACAGGGCCGCUGUGGUGGACGUAUACAUGCAGCUUGUUCUUCAGGCUCAUCUUUGAGGGAGGCUUCAUGUAUGCACUCUACUUUGUCUAUGAUGGUUUCCAGAUGCCCCGACUGGUGAAGUGUGAGCAGUGGCCUUGCCCCAACAAGGUGGACUGCUUCAUCUCCAGACCAACAGAGAAGACUGUCUUCACUAUCUUCAUGGUGUCCUCAUCAGCCAUCUGCAUGGUGCUGAAUAUAGCUGAGCUGGGCUACCUCAUCGUUAAAGCACUGAUGAGGUGUUCCUCCAGGUCAAACAGGAGGAAACAUAACUACACCAACACAGACAGGGAUAACGCUCUGAACAAGAAGAACGAGAUGCUGCUGUCAUCGUCUUCAGACUCCUCCACCAAUAAGACGAUGUGUUGAAAGACUGUCAUUAGUGGUGAAACAUUAACAGAGAAGAAAAGCACAAACAGUAGCUCCAACAACCCUAGACUACCUAAGUUUGUGUCUUUAGUUUAGGCUCUUAAUGUAAGAAUUGUUUCAUGGGAAGGUGAGCCCUUCUGGAGUCAGUUUUAAGACUGUGGGAACUGCAAUUAAGCACAAGAGAAAGGUAGUUUAAUAUGACAGCAGGGGUGGAAGCAAUGCAUAAUCAAUCUUUGCCCCUACAUAUGGCCUCAGAUUUGUGACUAGAGGCAGAAAAAAAAAUCCUGGUGCAAAAAUACCCAAACUUAUAUCACCCAGUAUGCAUUUAAAUUUGAUAGCGUUCCCACUAGUUAGUGUAAACUACAGAGCCUGUUUGCCUUCCUCACAAGUGUCACCUUACUUUUCAUACUGUAGUUUUUACUGUAGUAGUAUUUUGUGGUUUUAAUUUAUUGAUCAUGGUUUGAUGUUGCUUGAAUGUGCUGAGCUUUGCCAGAGUGACUGGUUGGGUCUUUGAAUGAGUCUAUGCUGACAUCUAGUGGUUCAAAAGUGGACCAUCUACGAGCGCCAACACUUUCCUCAAAAGCCUGAAGGAUUAAUGUUGUGUUACAGAGAAGGACAGGGAACACAUGAAGUCAUGAACAAGAGGUCCCAGUGCCUUUGUGAUUACGUCUUAAAGUUUAGUUUACAACAGCUUAUGAUUGAAUUUUUUUCCAGUUAUUGAUAACAGCUUUCUGCUGUGUUGAAUCAAGCGACUGUAGCAUGAA